AUAUAGUGGAGCAAGUUACACGUUUUUCAAUCCCCCAUAGGACAAACCUGUACAGUCGACGCCUGGAAUAACGAACGUCAGUACUUGAUCAAAUGAUGUUCCUGGAAUGUUUCAAGGAGGUAUCAGAAUUGCAGAGAAGAAUGGAAGUCAGCAGUUGGGCAGUGCACGGUGCAAAGGUCCAAACUUGAAACUGCUGAGUUUCGAUUGACUUGUCCCAUUGUUUUGUCAGUUGCCGGUACCGUGUCAAUCAUCACUGAGACAGGCCACAGCGACAACAAGGCGCACCAACAAGUCAUAAGACGCUGAGUUUCGUUCAUUGAACAUUUCUGACUAUGACAGACGAAAAUGGCUUCAGGUCCCACCAUUAACCGCAUGUUCUUGACCUCAGUAUGGUUUGAAUCUGUUGUUUACGGGAUCAAUUGCGUACUUUUUGGUGCAUGUAUCUGGAUCCUGGUGAAUCGGAACAGAAAGUCACAUAGGGUCCUUUUCGCGUCGUGUAUUUUCCACAUUUCAGUCUCAACAGCGCACAGCGUCAUCUCCCUUCUUAUAUCCUUGGAGGCAUUCACAACUCCUUGGAUAUUAUCCAUCCCUAAUGGAAGCACCGUAUACAUAGUCGCGCCAACAACAUAUAUGUUGACGAAUUUGGCAUUGUUUGUCUCCAACGUACUCGCUCAAGAUUUGCUGCUAAUCUGGAGGCUCUACGUCGCUUGGAACUACAACUGGAAGCUUGUUAUUCCCGCGUUGAUUUUGGAAGUUGUGCAUAUCGCUUGUGCGAUCGUAGCCGUGUUUCUGAUUGCUCAGCCUAAUCACCAUCUUUUCUCACACAAUGUCCAAGCUUUUGGAAAAGCCAGCUGGUCGCUCGGUCUUUUUCUCAACACCGCUAUUACGUGCGGAAUCGCAUAUCGUUUUUGGUAUGUAGGCCAGAAAGUAUCCGAUCACACUGGCCGGAAUGCCUAUAAGGCUGCCAUGUUUACUGUCAUCGAGUCCGGUGCACUUAUUGCCAGCUGCACUGUGGUAAUGUUCAUUCUGGAUGUAGUUGGCAGCCAAGCUGGUUUCAUGGCAUUCAAUGUUGCUGUUCAGAUUGCUUCCACGACACCUCUUCUUAUCAUCACCCGUCUCGGCCUUGGCGCCACUAACACUGAUACCAAUUUCGGCAAAUCGUCAGCCCCUUCAAUGACCUUUGCACCAACAGUCCAGAUUGGUGUCACUCAGCAUACCAGUACCUUCCCUACGACUCCUACGACUCCUAUUUUACCAUUUACUCGUCAGAAGACUGAGAGUAUGCGGUCAAUCAACCGUGGAGGGUAGUAACGACUCAUGUUCGAUGGCCCUAGCCAUCAGCUGGUCUAGGUAUAUGUUCAGCCAUCUCGCUCACUAUUGCUGCCCCUCUUUGCUGUUAUCAUGUAGUUCCAUAGUUUUUAUCAGAUUUAUCCAAGGGACUUUGUCGGAUC